AUGUCGUCGGUGUUCAGUCGUAUCUAUCUUCUAGUCUACAUCCUAUCUAUUUUCAUAAUGAUAUGCGAAACACGAAUGAUGGAUGCAGAAGAAACAAUUGAGAAUCCACAGCUUGCUUCUAUUCUGGCAAACUAUCGUCAUCGAUUUGAACAUUCAACAAAUAUGAAAAAACUUCGAUGGAUCUUGCAGAGCCGAUACAAUAAAGCUUACUGUGAAUUUUGCGAUCUAGUCGUACCUGUGGUUCGAUUACUGAUCGAAGCGAAUCAAACUGCUCACAUAGAGAACGUCGUCAUGGGAUUCUGCAAAGAAUUCAAAUUAAUCGAUAUCGAUGUUUGUAUCGGUGCAGUUCACGAAUAUCGAGAUGCAGUCAUAGCAGUUAUAUCUCAAUCAAGUUAUAGUAACAAGCAAUUAUGUGCAUUAGCAUUAAAUUGCCGUAAACAAUUUGAUUAUCCGAUAUUAACAUGGAACUAA